GGUCACAGACUUUGCACAUCUCGCCCCCGAUCGACCAUCUAUCUCUCCUUAAUCGUUCCAGCCAGCCUCUUCUUCUCCAGCUAUAAAAUCGAGACUCCCGGCCGCCCUCUAGCCACCAUUGCUGAUUAGUUUCCCCCCCGACUCCUAAGCAAGUCGCGGCAGUGCCGCAGUGGAUCACUCAACCAAAACCGGCCUGCCGAUCGUAGGAGGCCGGUGCAAUGGAGCGUGGCGGUGACGAGCAGGCGAAGCAGAACGGCGGCCAUAGUGGCUGCAACGGCGACGCGUCGGAGUGGAACAAGGUGGCGGAGCUGAGGGCCAUCGUGGAGGUCCAGGACCCCGCAGCCAAGGAGGAGGAUGACUUCAUGCUGCGGCGGUUCCUGCGAGCCCGGGACCACAACAUCGGCAAGGCGUCGGCGAUGUUCCUCAAGUACCUCGCCUGGAAGCGCACCGCCAAGCCCAACGGCUCCAUCACCGCCGACGAGGUGCGCAACGAGCUCGCGCAGGAUAAGCUCUACGUGCAGGGCCACGACAAGUUAGGCCGCCCCAUGGUGUACCUCUUCGGCGCCCGCCACAUCGCUGCAAAGCGCGACCUCAACGAGUUCAAGCGCUAUGUUGUCUAUAUCCUUGACACCACCUGCACCAAGCUGCAGGCGGGACAGGAGAAGUUCGCGUCGGUGGUGGACCUCAAGGGGUUUGGGUACGCGAACUACGACAUCCGGGCGAUGCUGGAGGCGCUGGACAUCAUGCAGAACAACUACCCGGAGCGGCUGGGGCGGGUGUUCCUCAUCCACGUGCCAUACGUGUUCAUGGCGGCGUGGAAGAUGGUGUACCCCUUCAUCGAUGACAUCACCAAGAAGAAGUUCGUGUUCGUCGCUGACAAGAAUCUAGAUGCCACCCUCCGGGACGCCAUUGAGGAGUCUCAGCUGCCCGAGGAGUUUGGCGGAAAGCUCAAGCUCCAAGGCUUCAACGCGCCGUGCAACUGAUUGGUAAGGAUUUAUUAAUGUUGUCCAAAUGUACUCGAUGAGUACGUACUACGGAUGAAGUACGGUUCGUUUGGAAUUGAUGAUGGAACAGAGAUUCGAUCCAUCCUUAAGGUUACUUGGUCCCUGCUUGAGGCACAUGCAUGCAUCGUCGAAUAAUUUGUUCAUGAAAUGAAGUGUCUCGUACGUCGAGAUCUGGUUC